AUGAAGUCUUCUCCAACCCUCAUAACCAAACAUAAGUGGGACAGUAACAAAGCUUUUAUAACCAGUGUGAAGAACUAUUACACUCAGAUUUGUCCUGAGUGGCUAAAGAAGUAUCUGAACUAUGGGAGGAGCUCUUUAAUGAGAACAGCUCUUCCCUCAGUGUCUCUCCUCCAGAAGUCUUCCUCCUCUGCCAUCAGCUGCCACGCUACAGGUUUCUAUCCUUACAGAGCCGAGAUGAUGUGGAGGAAAGAUGGAGAGGAGACUCAUGAGGGUGUGGAGAUAGGAGAGAUCCUCACCAACAAUGAUGGGACCUUCCAGAUGAGUGUUAACCUGGAUCUGACAUCUGUUCCAGCUGAAGACUGGAGGAGGUACGACUGUGUGUUUCAGUUCUCUGGUAUAAAUGAAAACGUCACCACCACACUGGAUAAAACAGUGAUCAGGACAAAUGAAGCCUCGACAGAAGUGCCCAACAUCACGAUCGGCCCCAGCUCCAGCCCCACUGCCGUCCCCAUCAGCGUACCCAUUGUCACUGCUGCUCUUGUUCUUGCUGUUGUUGCACUAAUCGGAUUCAUUAUUUACAAAAAGAAAACUGCUAAACCUUCUAAACCUUACAUGAAGACUUCACCUGAAAAUGAUCCUGAAAGGAGCCCUUCAGAUUCUAAAUCUUCUUCAGAUGGUUCUACAGACAUAACCAUCAAAACUGAGCUGAUGACAAAGUAAUUCUGACAAAGAGUGAAAUCUGCAACAAAGGAGACAGUUUGAACACUUGGACUAACUUGCUUCAUGAGGAUUCUGCAUCACUGAACUCCUGAGAAAACAUUUCUACUAUAAUGGAAGUGGACUUUUUUUUUAUUCCAGCCAGGACACAACUUGUGACUGAAACAUACACAAACGACCUCAAACAACAAAAAUGAAUCAAAUUUUUACUUUUAUGUCAUAAAAAAAGAGAAUUACUAUUUUCUGUGAGAAAAGUUACUUUUUAGCCAAACUAACUUUAUUUAUAAAGUGCUUUAAAACAGCAGGUCCUGACCAACGUGCUUAACAUUAAGAACAGAAUAAAAAUUAAAAAAUAAAAUAAUUAAUUAAUUAAUAACAACAACAACAAUUAUAAUAAUAACAAUAAUAAUAACAUAAACACAUAAAAAUAAAACUACAUAAAUAAAAACACUGAAAAAAACACAAAAAGAACAAUUUAAAUUUUUAAGUAUAAUGUUAAACUGCUGGUCUUUUUUAUAUAAUAAUAAGUAAGUAAAGAUGAUCCUGAAGAAGAAAAACUACAUCUGUAGGAAUUAUGUGUUUAUUUUCAUCAGUGUUGGGUCUGAGUGUGUAUUAACAUUAUUCAGUUUUAAUGCUACAGCAGUUAGUUCUGCAUGUUUGAUUUUAGUUUAACUCUGGAUGUCUUUCCUGACACAACCUCAAAGGGGAUUUGUGUUUCCAGCUGGAAUUGAACCAUCAACCUUUUGCUUACUAGGUCAGUAUGCUAACCACUACACCUUUGCAGGCAUCGUGAUUUAAGGUCAAUAAGUUGAAAAUAACAGCUCUGUGAGUUGCUCUGCUUUGAAUUAACUGCAGAUCAGUUCAUUUACACUCACUUUACAAUCACUGUUUUUUUUAAUGAGCAUCAACAUGAGGUGUCUUGAAAUAUUGAGUUUAAGAUUUAUAAAACUUGUCAUAAAUAAUUUGUUGUAUCUUUAAUAAAAAUAUGAAUACGCUGAUUAAAGCCAUAAAUAAGGUAUUGCAAAGAAAAGCUAAACUCUAUUAUUGCCACAUCUAUGUUUUGUCAGUGAUGAACAGUCAUGACUUUAAUGGUAACUGUAUUACGUAAAUACUACAGAGACAUGUAUGUGCAUAUUUUAUUACUGUUUGUUCUGUUAGACGGUUAAUGCUGCUAUCAAAGUUAUAAUGUGUGUGUGUGUCUGUGUGUGUGUGUGUGUGUGUGCCUCAUGUGGUGUUUAUUGUAAACAGGUCAGCUGUGUUAUGAUUAAUGAAAUCGGGGAAACGAGUCUUUGUUUUGUUAGACUACUGCACUGUUUCUAUACUUGUACAUCUGAAUAAAAGUUUUACAUUGUGGUCAUGCAUAAUGUCGAGUAUUCAGAGUGUGGAGAGGAGUGUAUAAUAACAUGAGUGAAAAGAAACUUUGUGAAAAGUGAGUUAUGUUCCAACCUGACACCAAAAAUAUUGAAAUACUGAGUAUGUAAAGAUGGCUACAUGACUACUUUCAUGUUGAAGGUGCUGCCUUUACAUUUUCCAACAUGAAGUGAGAUCAAACGCCAAACGCUGUUUUCAAAAUGACUUUAUUUAAAUGAAAGAGGAAACAUCCUCAGAUGUACAAACGCCGGUCCUUCACUUAAAGGUGUGUGGGGUUUUUUUUUUUGUUUGUUUUUUUACUAAUUCUGCCAAAGAGAGCAAAAUCUGCAACAAAGGUAACUGAUGUCUCCACACACGUCACAUGUAUGGCAUACAGUCAUUUUUGUGUUUUUGCUGCUUUUAAAGUAAGCCUUAAGUUUUUUGUUCCAUUUAUUGAUAAAUUCUGAAUCUCAGAGAAAAUGUUUCUGUUUUGCAACCAAAAUAAACAUGUUUUAUUAGAGCAAUGACAACUUAUGAUCAAAACAUGUACAACACAACAGAAAUGAAGUAAAUAAUUUAUAUCAUGGAAAAUUAAGUUGACACAUUGAAUAUUUUUAUCUGAAGAUUUCUUAAAUUGCUUUGUAUAGUUUUUUUUUUCUUUAAGUGCAAUUAACCACAACAAUCUGACGCCACUCUCCUUUGUCUCACAGCUUUAAUUAUUUGGGUUGAUAAAUGGUAUACAUAUUUUAUUUACCUUUGUUCUGUUAGACUGUACAAUGACCAAAUGAUAAAAUAUGUUGUUGUCUUAUGAAAUGCUAGGUCAUAAGUUCUGUCUUCUGUGGUGUCUGUAUAGAUUCUUUUAUCUUGUGAUGAUGGAUAUCUCUGAAUUACAGAAUCCAAGAUGUCUUUUUUUAGUUCAAAGCUUUUUGUUAUAUCACUGAAUGCCAAAUUAAAAUGUAUUGAUGCAUCAAUACAUUACUUUCUGCUCCUUAAUUCAGAUCAAACUGAGG